UCCACCACAGGUUGGUGUUUGUACACUCUACACGCUCUACAGGUUAUUAAUACAGCAUGAGUGAUGAUUUGUAGUGAUCAGCGAAGAUUCGCUGAUGAGUCGUUGCGGUCAUUUGAGGAGAGGAAGUGUGGGAAGGAUGGAAGGAGCGGAGGAGAGGCCAGGAGAGGCAACAGAGGCAGUGUUCAGCAUCCCACACAUCGUGAAGGGCUUCACGGUGCCAGAGGGCGGACAGCUGGCGCUAGCAGGGUACUUGGAAAGCUGGACGGAGGUGAACAAAUUCUUUGAUGUUCUUGGGCCGUUUUUACAGUUUGCUGCCAGAGAUGUGUCAGCGAAGGUGGGGAUCCUUGAGAAGUACCUCCAUGGCACCAAUGGGGAACAUUACUCUACCGUCCAGUCUAUGAUCAUCUACGAGAGAGACAACGACCUCCUUACCAGCAGUGACAGACCUUCUGGAGCGAGGACCUUGCUGAGGCUUCACAGAGCUCUUGAUUAUGCUUCAGAAUUCGUUAAGGAACUUGGGAACACGUCAGCUGAAAACAACUUCGGGAGGAGAGUGUCUGAGAUCUACCUGUCAACCCUUGGAAGGUUCAACAACAAAAUACUGGCAAAGACUGUGUCAGGACUGCUGCUCUUGUUGCCGCCAAGGAAAACUAUGCUUCAGAGGAUGAAUGAGGCAGCAGCACUCACUCACUCCUCCCUCUUGCGCCAAGCCAGUGGAGUGACGGUAGAUGCAUCUUUACAGUUGUUGCAUCGUGUUCUUAGGGCGAGGCUGGAUUUCUCAGAACAAUACAGAAAGCAACUGAAUGAUGCUAUUGACCUUUUGGAAUACUGCACCGCAGUCAUACACAGUCCAGAGCAGCACGAUAAUAUCUGGCAACAUUUUGUCAUUUCACGGGCUGAAAUGGAGACAUUAAAAGACCAACUUAAGGACUUGAAUAUGUUGAUGACUUAUGCAUACACUACACUAGAGAAUGCAGCCAUGACGGCUUUCAUGAGUGGGGUGGAGUUUACAGCGUCUGCAGCGCAACAAGCAAUUGACAAUGCAAGAGCUAAGAUGGAGAUUGACACCAAGCAAAACUUGGCUUUAGAACUACAGUAUGUUCAGAGACACACUCGGUAUAUCGAGGCAUCGCAGAAGGUAAUAGAUGAAACUGAGAAAGCCAGUGAAGACACAGAACAAAUAGAAGAUGAUCUAAAAGAAAAUGAAGACUAGACUAGAUUAAUAUGGUACUAGGGGAGGAAACUAAAGUGUAUUACGGCGAUGAAUGCAUACACAGUCAACCCAGAAGUUACUACUGUGCAUUCAUUCUUAAUUUCAUUUGCAGUAUUUAUUAUAUAAAUAAUAUAAAUAUAUGUAAAAAACAAGCAAAAAGCAAUGUACUUUAAAUAAGAGAUGAGCAUACAAUAUAA